AUGCCUGGCCCUAUCCGACAAUGGCCUGCGUGGCCCGAGUACAUCUGUGAGAAUGCAGCGUCCUCCAAAGACCCUGAGUUCUUGCAGGUCAAGAAAGCGAUUAUCGGCGAGUAUGGCGCUGAAGCGCUUCGUCGAAGCUGGAUAAAGGUCUGCAAAGAACUCGAAAGCAUCACUGAUGAGAUUAUCGAGAAGGGAAACACCAUUAUCCCCAUCUUCAACACUCUAGAAGUUAUCGAUAAAGGCUUCUCACCAGAGCAACAGGCUGAGAUCAAGAAAAUCGGCUCGUUCGUCUGUCGCAACACUGUCUCCAAGGAAGUCGCGACAGCACUUUAUUCAGACCUCAGGACGUAUGUCGCGGAUAACAAAGGCUCCAUCCAAGCAUGGCCUAAGGAGAGUCCAUCAAUGAUGGUCUUGUACAACUCACCAACACAAAACACCCUUCGUUCCCAUCCAAAUCACCUGAAGCUGCAGCGAAAGAUGAGUGAGAUUUGGAAAUACUCUGCAGAAGACACCUCACCCGAUCCUCUUAUUUAUCUUGAUGGCAUUCGCGAUCGUGCUCCAGGCCAGCCAUUCCUUGGGUUAGGCCCUCAUAUUGAUGCUGGAAGUUUGUGUCGCUGGGCUGAUCCAACUUACCGGAAAGUCUACGAUGAGAUCUUUUCCGGUAGGCCAGAAUAUCAUGAUGCUUAUGAUCUCGAUACGAGAAAGAAUGCGAACCAAGAGCUUUACAAGGGCCCUGCUCACUCUUCGGUUCUGCGAACGUUCCAAGGAUGGACUGCGUUGACGCCAACGGCGCCAAGAGAGGGGACCAUUAUGAUAUACCCCAAUGUCAAGACUGUAAUCGCAUACCUCCUUCUGCGACCCUUCUUCAGUCCGCCAAAGGAUCCUGAUUAUAUAAUGAACGCUGAGAAGUGGACCUUUGACGACUCCACCGGUUGGUUCCCGGGGACUAUGAAGCCAGAAAGUCAACGCUUGAGUCGGCUAUCUCAUCCUCAUCUGAGGCUCGAAGAAUGCCUUAUUCAUAUGCCAGAGGUACAGCCUGGAGAUACAGUCUGGUGGCAUUGCGAUGUUUGCCAUGCUGUGGAUACCGAGCAUCUUGGAAAGAACAACGCGUCGGUGGCCUUCAUCGCUGCGUGUCCUACAACACCAGCGAAUGAAGCCUACGUUAGAGACCAGCUUCUUGCUACACUAGAAGGACGACCGUCUGCUGAUUACGCAGAUGGGAAUGACCUGGACGAGAGGACACUGAAGGGAUAUGUGGGCCUUGAUGGUCUAGAUGCUGAAGCACGCAGGGCUUUCGGAUUCCACCUACUGUAAAUACACAGUCUAGUGACAAGAAAAAGUUGGUCAGAG